GUAGGGAGUUAAGGUUCUUGUGCCAGACUGUAACUGAACAGGUUGUCUUCACUGUAGGAAAUGUUUCUCAUAAUUUCUCAGGUGGUGAAAUAUUCUGAAGAACAAAAUUGUGAUUAAGCUAUAUCUGUGAUACAUAAGGAACCAAUGAAGUAAAUGUAAGUGUGAGAUAAUGACUGACAUGGACGUCAUUUAGAGGUGAAUGAAUUAGCACGUGUCACCGUUUGCCUCAGAUCAAGUGAUGGCGAUAGUUAUUAUAAGUGUUAUCAGGACCACAAAAUGUUCACACUUAGAAUACUGGUAACUAAUUUAUCUGUGCUUGUCUUUGUUCCACAUAGUGUAAAUGCAACGAAGUUAAGGCCAUGUCUUUCAUCCAUAUUUCUAUCUAAUGGUUUUGAGAACAAUGACUGGGUCACUAUUGAGAGAGGUGUCUGUACAUCUUUAACCUAUACAGAGAGAACUUCCUGUUACAAACAUUAUAAGCCUUUCACAUUUAAUAAUAAAAUGGAGGAAAUACACUUAAAAGCUACCAGCCAGCAAGAAGAAUCUCAGGAACAUCUUGAUAUGUACAAAGAUAUUACUCAAGAAGAUUGGAAAUUUAGUUCAAGUGAAUUUCUAACUUUCCCUCUCGACUCAAUAUCUGAAAACUACGACAGAAGGAACGUACCGAAUGCAGUAUUUUCAGUGGUAGAGCCGACACCACUUAAGGGGCAGACGGUGUUAGCUGGAAUAUCAUCGGCAGCUCUGGACCUCAUCGACUUACUCCCCUCCGUCGCUACGUCGUCUAUAUUCCGGGACUUUGCUUCCGGUGCCUGGCGUCAUCCAUCAUCAACUCCCGUGGCACAUCGCUAUGGAGGCUACCAGUUUGGGUGGUGGGCGCAGCAGCUUGGGGACGGCAGAGCUCAUCUUCUGGGUCAUUAUACUAACAGGAGAGGAAAAUGGUGGGAGCUGCAGUUAAAAGGUUCGGGGAAGACGCCAUAUUCCCGUUAUGGGGACGGUCGAGCUGUCAUACGUUCAUCCGUCCGGGAAUUUUUAGCCGCUGAAGCUAUGGAUGCACUAGGAUUCCGUACAUCAAGAAGUGCAUCGCUGGUGGUGGGGGACGAGUUGGCUAAGAGGGACCAGUUCUACAAUGGCAACCUUAAGAUGGAGAAGACUGCAGUGGUACUCAGGCUGGCUCCAACCUGGUUCAGGUUUGGUUCCCUGGAAAUACUGGCCAAGAGGCAAGAGGUGGAGUCACUGAAAUUCUUGGUUGAUCACAUCAUCAACAAACACUUCCCAACGAUAUCAGUGACUGAUCCAGAUAGAUAUUUGAGUAUGUUUUCAACUGUGGUGGAAGAAACAGCAGAAAUGAUUGCCCAGUGGCAGAGUGUUGGCUUCACGCACGGUGUAAUGAACACUGACAACAUGAGCAUCGUGUCGGUCACUAUAGACUACGGACCUUAUGGGUUUUUGGACACUUAUGACCCAGAUUUUGUACCCAAUUCUUCUGAUGAAGAUGGUAUGUACAGCUAUAAGAACCAGCCGGGUGUUGGGUUCAAUAACCUACAGAGGUUAGGUAAUGCGCUGGACCAACUUCUUACUCCAGACCAAACACCUCAGAUGAAAACUAUUCUUGAUGGAUAUGACACAAAAUUCAGACAAGUUUAUCUAACUUUAUUCUCAAAGAAACUGGGAUUUAAAAAUUUCAAACAGGAGGAUGAACAACUUAUUAAAAAUUUGCUAAAUAUGAUGAAGAUUAAUGAAGCAGACUUUACAAUGACCUUUUGGGAGUUGGGAAACAUAACGCUACAGGAGUUGGAAGCAAAGAAACUGUCAAGAAAGUUUUGGGCUUUGGACAAAAUUGUAAACGAUGACAAGUUUCCCCAGUUUGUGGAGAAGUACAAGUCAAGACUACAAGAAGAAGAGUUGAGUGACGAUAGCCGGCGAGGGAUCAUGGCUACCGUCAAUCCCAGAUAUGUGUUAAGAAACUGGAUUGCCCAACAAGUGAUUGAGAAAGUUGAGCAGAGUAGCUUUCAUGAUUUAGAUCUAGUUUUAAGGAUACUAAGAAAUCCUUUUCAUAGUCAAGAUGAAGCUGAAAAGAAAGGCUAUGCUAAUGCUCCUCCAUGCUGGUCACAGAAGUUGAGAGUUAGUUGCUCCAGCUAACAUUUACUGGUAAGUCAUAAAGUUUUAAAAGUACUACAGUAGUUUUGGUUGUGGUAUAUAAACAGUAUCUGUCUACAUUAAUAAUUGUUUCCAGUGUGUGUGUGUGUGUGUGUGUGUGUGUGUAUAAUGACCUAAAUACCACAAUAGUAUGUAUAUAGUAAUUGAAAUUUAUAUUAUUGUUCAUCAGUAGUAUGAAUGUAGUACUGUAGUAAUCAGAUUGCCAGUGGGUGUAUACA